AUGAUAAGGGCGAAAGCCAAAGCAAAGACGAAGGCCAAAGCCAAAGAUCCUGCAGCUCAACGCUUGACACGCCGUGCAUACCUCCGAAGCAAGCCGCCGGUAGUGAAAUCAAAUGGCGUUGUUCAUCUGGACGCGCCUUCGGACCCAAAGCUCUUAAGCGACGCUGAGGCCCCGGUAGAUGUCGAUGUCCACGCAAGCUUUGGAGGACACAGGUGCGAUGUGUCCAGGCCUGAGAUGCUUUGUGACGUCCCGGGCCACGGCUACAGGGCCAAAUUUGGAGUCAAGGUGCCCUUCACCAUUUUCGGUGCCUGCGUGCUUCCUGUGCAAGGCGACAUUGCGACGGCCGGAGAAGAUGGCUGUGUGCGUGUUUGGGAUUCUGCAGGGGAGCAGCUCCAUGAGAUAGUGGCGCAUGACGGCGGGGCUUUAUUUGUUUCCCCUUUCCCAAAUGGCAAAUGUCUGCUCACUGGCGGAUGCGAUGGGUAUGCCAGGGUAUGGAAGGUGGCACCAACAAGCAGGCUGUCCAGCUUUGUGAUGGUGAACCACAAAUUUACCGUGGUGUCCGGCUGCGUCUUCCCCAAUCUCAGACAGAUGAUCACCUUGGGUUUGGACGGGGUCGCCAAAAUCUGGCGCCUUGACAAUGAGGAGUUUUUGACCGAGGGGGGUUGUGGACUCAGUGCUCUUGUUAUCUCUCCCUACGGUGGUUGUAUAGUCACUGCCAGCAGCCUUGGCUCAAUCGAAAAGUUUUCUGAUGACGGCCAGCUGCUUUGCCAGUUUGCCGAGGGCCAUGAAGGCCUGGUCAACGUGCUGAUGCUCUUCCCAGAUCAAUCACGAGUCUUGACAGCUGGGGAGGAUGGUCAGGGAGUGAUUUGGGAUAGUUCUGGCGAGCUGGCCAUCAAGCUCGAAGUGUUGCAAGAGCCGAUUCUCUGUGCGGACAUCUCCCCCUGCGGCAACUGGAUACUUACUGGCAGCAAGAAGGGAACCGUGCGAAUUUCCAACGCAGCUGCGGGCAGAACCAUCUGCAGUUGGCAAGUCGGGCAGCAGGCCUCUUCGGCUUCAGCCCGACCCGAUUCCAGCGUUCUCGAAGUGAUGGAGAGGACACAGCUGGAGACCUGCAGUGUUCAAGCUUGUUGCUUUUGCCCUUCUGAUCGUCGCUUCGUGCUGGCCGGAGCAUUCGGAUUGCAAAUAUGGCAGUUUCACGCCACACUUGAUUGA